AUGAUUUCGACGGUCGCGACGCGCGCCGGCGCGGCCGCCGCGACCGUCGCGUCGUCGUCGUCGUCGUCGUCCUUCUCGCGACGACGUUCGGUGGGCACGUCGCGCCGCGCGCGAUCGCGCGGCGUCGGCGUCACGAUCGUCGUCCGCGCGUCGUCGUCGUCCGCCGCGGCGGCGACGGCGCGCGACUCGCGCGGCGCGAGCGUCCGCGCGGCGUCCGCGGCGGCGGCGUCGUCGUCGACGCGACGACGCGCCGCGCGCGUCGCCGUCGUCGUCCGCGCGUCGUCCGACGACGACGCCUCGGACGCCUCGGAAGCGAUCGUGCCGAUCCCCGCGGCGCAGGGGUACGCCACCCUGGACGCGGUCCUCGGCGCGAUCAAGAACCUGCCUCCGAGCGAGCGCGCGGAGGCGGCGGAGAACGCGACGGCGACGGUGUCCAAGACGCUGUGCGCGAUGAAAGCGAACGGCGACACGACGCGUUGGGACUGCUACCCGGAGUUGCAGCGAAGAAACGUCUUCCCGAACGAGUUGAGACAAGUCGGCAUCGAAGACGCGGAGGGGAUCGCGAAGCCGUCGAACACGAACGACUUCAACUUCAUCGUCGCGGUGACGCUGUCGACGUCCUUCCUCGCGCUCGUCAUCGGCGUCGUCCUCCCGGGGGACUGGGGCGCGUUCGGGUCCUACCUCGUCGGCGGGAUAUCGCUCGCCGUCUUGGCCGUCGGCUCCACCGCGCCCGGGCUGCUCGCGGUGGGGAUCGACCAGUUCGCGCGCGUGGACCCCAAGUACCGCAACCGAAUCGCGCGACACGAAGCCGCGCACUUCCUCGUCGGGUACAUGCUCGGCGUCCCGGUCGCGGGGUACUCGCUCGGUUUGGGAAAGACGCACGUGGACUUUUUGGAGGCGAAGCUCGAGAGGAAAAUCUUCGGGCCUGAUUUCGCGAUAUCCGAUAAGACGCUCCUGCCGCUCGCGUGCGUGUGCAUGGCCGGCGUCGCCGCGGAGGCGAUGGCGUUCCCGGGGGACGUCCGAGGGCAGGACGGCGACCUCGUGGAUCUGCAGAGGAUCCUGAACAAGGCGGAGAAUAAGGCGCGUUCGAGUCGCGCCGGUCCCCGCGCAUUCACACACUGGUUCCCAUACGACCCCGUUGGCGUGGUGAACGCCGAUCCUUAA